AGAGUUAGAAUAAAAAUGUUUAGAAAAUCCAAUUUAAAGUCAAUUUAAAUCUAAAGCCAGAAAGAUUUUUUUUUCAUUAGUCUGAGAACAAUCAAAGCGCUUGUGUGUGCGUUUUGGGUAACAUAGAUAUUUUCCACAUACCCACUGACCUUGCUGAUGGUGGUGAGUGAAACUUUCUUUCAUCUCAGCACCAGACACACAAUGCUUCUGCUGCUGCAGCCUUGGAGGCGUGCUGCCUGCUGGGUAAGUGCUGUUGUCAGGGCAGCUUCAUCUCAGUGUUGGACGCCUCCCUACAGCCAGCAGCAAACUAGACUCCUGCUGCAUGGCUUCACUCAGUCAUAUGAGAGAGCUCUAGCUGCAGUGACGCUUGGCUGUGGACACGCCAUCAUGCACAUGGAAGAUAUCGCUUUGAAUUGUCUUAUUCCUGUGUUUAGGGAAUAUUCAGAAAUUUACAGAAAACGUAAUUUAUGUGGGGUGAUUCUGUCGCAUUUGGUCUGUUCCAGUGUGUGCCAAUUUAUGAAUAAAGAUGUGCUCAAUCCUCUUGUAGUUAUAAAUCUGUGAACCUGGCAUUUGCAACAUUACAAAUUUCAUGAAUUUGAAAAUGACUCCUUAUUCAAAUUGUCACGGCAUUGUCAGUGAAAUAUUUCACAAAAAUGGUGAAAUUCUUUAAAAACGCAAAAAAAAGACAUCAGGGUGAUGCUUUCAGUCUGUUCUGGUGAAGAAGAGGCAGCUGCAUGAGCUGAAAAGUGAUGAUGUGGACUGACUGGUUCAUCAACCCAUCCCCAGGUUAAAAAGGUUAUCAUUUAAGGAAUAAGAUCAUGGGUGCAAGGAGCUGAAAUUAGCUUCCUGAAUAGGUGGGCUGGGAGCUGAGCUCCUAAUUUUCCACAAAAUAUUGCUGAAAUCUGGCCUUGUUUUUAUAAACCCAAUGUUGUGUGUUGUAUGGGAUGCAUCUUUACCAAUUCUUCACAUGCAGUUGAUGUUACCCCGGUAAAAAAAAAAAAAAUAUAUUUUUUUUUUUUUUUUUUUUUUUCAAUCAUGGUUCUUCGAUGCAGCAAUUUCUCUAUUCUCCUAUUUUUUUAUAUUAAAUUAGAUUUUUUUUUUCCAGUUACUUUUUUCACAUUUCCUGCUGUUAGUUUUGCUUCCUGUUGCUAGCAGGAAGCAAGAUUGUAACUCACCUGGUCUGUAUUACUGACGAUCUUCCUCUUUAUAAAGUCUGACUCCUCUCUGUGGUCGUGGUUUAGUUUCUGUCUGUAGAAUAGCUUUUUUUCUGCAAGUAGGAGCUCUUAUUUAGUCAAUUUCAUUUCCUCCCUUUUUUUCUUCCCUGCGUCAAGGUUAAUGAGUGAGUUCACCUUUUGCUUUCUCCCUUUAUCCUUCAGUCUUGCUGAGGUUGCUCUACCUUCAGACUCUCACUCAUCACUAGGCUGAGCAGAAGUGGUCUUCAGUUUUCUAACAUGCCAGGCCAUGCAGAGAACUUUAUACGGUUAGCUAAUUAAACUAAAAAAAAUACAUCUUUAAAUGAAUGUUUUGAAUGAAUAUACACAAUGAUCUAUUGAAUGAAACAACCCACAUGAAAACAGAUAGCAAACAUAUAAAUGCAAAUGUUCCUGCUAUCUGUCUGUCUUCUAAUCUUUGCCAAUAUUUUAGACAUUUUCUCUUGAUUUUUGCUGAGUUUCCCUUCCUUUAUUCAAUCCCAGUCUCUGUGUGACUAAACUAAAGUAAGUAAUUUAUCUCAAUUAAACAAAUUUGUUUCACUCUAUUAUAAACGGAAACUGGCUUAUCCAUUUUUGUCUUUAUUCAUUGAUGUGAAUUUUUUUUCCUUCAAGAUGCCCAUUUUUGAACAUCUGUCUCUCACUUCUCGGACCACACUUCAGUCUAAAAGUCCAGAGAUAAGAAAGUGGAAUAAAGAAUGUUCCCAAUCUGCUGAUAUUUUUGCUUUACCACCUCAUGAGAAACGAAUAGAUCAGAUUGUUUAAAGAAAUAAUAAGAAAUAUUAUUUAACCUUAGUUUUAACAUAUACAAUUGCCAAGCUUCUUGGCCACAUCCCGUUCUGACUACCCCUUAAAAACUUUGUGGAUGUGCCCCUGCUCAAUAACCGAUUAAUCAGGUUAUUAAUCGGUAAUUAAUAACCUGAUUCCCUGUAAGCUCCCAUGGUCGAUCAGUCACAGAUCAGCGUGCAUCAGUCCCUUUGCUAUUUCUGUGCAUCCCGUUACGCCGCCAGGAGUUGUGCGCAGCUCCCCGGACGUGCUCGCGUCGCACCGCGCCUCCCCCUCCUCUUCUCCCGUUCUCCCUCUCUCUCUCGUUCCCUCCCUCCAAAGGUGACCGGGGAGUCGCGCUCCGUGCCCGUUAUUUACCGUGCCGAAGUUGAAGCGGAACCUGACGCAGAUCAGCUGAUGGAGGUUCUCUGCUUGGCGUGCAGCUCCUCUCUCCAUGCUUCCCCUCUGCAGGUGAAUCGUUCCUCACAUGUUCGUCUCUGCGCUGCCGCGCUCUUCUUCGCCGGGGCUUCGUCUUCAUCCAAAGUCAUGUCCCCCCUGACGCUCAGAUGUUGGUGAAAGGACGCGCAUGCGUUGAUUUAUUUUGGAAUACUAAUUUUGCCUCCUAAGUUGCGUCCCUGCGAGGAUCCAAUGUGGAAGCCGCUGGCCGCAUCAGAGUUGCCAGCAAUGUGGAUUACAGUCUGCAGCGUGUCUCUGCUCAUCACUGUGGUCUGCGGUGCGCAAAGCGCAAACGAACCCAGCAACAUGUCCUACGUGAAAGCGACUGUAGACAAGUUGCUGAAGGGCUAUGACAUCCGUCUGCGGCCUGAUUUUGGAGGAGCUCCGGUGGAUGUGGGAAUGCGCAUAGACAUCGCCAGCAUUGACAUGGUGUCUGAAGUCAACAUGGACUACACCAUCACCAUGUAUUUCCAGCAGUCUUGGAGAGACAAGCGGCUGUCCUACACAGGCAUUCCCCUAAACCUGACCCUGGACAACCGGGUGGCUGACCAGCUCUGGGUUCCUGACACCUACUUUAUUAAUGACAAGAAGUCUUUUGUCCAUGGGGUGACGGUCAAGAACAGGAUGAUCCGGCUACACCCUGACGGAACUGUGCUUUAUGGCCUCAGGAUCACCACGACAGCCGCCUGCAUGAUGGACCUUCGCAGAUACCCGCUGGAUGAACAGAACUGCACCUUGGAGAUCGAGAGCU